CCAUGAAAUACGUGGUGAAGGAUGAGCACCUCAGAUUUACCAGGAUUCCCGGCGAGACAGAGUUGCUCCCCGUCGAGGUGGCCCUGAUGCGCAUGGUGUCCAGGCCGCCCGCCAGCCCGUACGUGCUGAAGCUCCUGGAGUGGUUCGACACGCCCGAGCGCUGCAUCCUGAUCCUGGAGCGGCCCGUCCCCUGCGUAGACCUCUACCAGCUGAUGCUCAAGACGGGCAGGCUGAGGAUGCAGUUCGCCCGGCAUGUAAUGCGGCAGGUUGUCCUGGCGGUGCUCCACUGCCGGGAUCGCGGUGUCUUGCACAGGGACAUUAAGCGCCAGAAUGUCCUUCUGAACACGGAGACGCUGGAGGUGAAGCUGAUCGACUUCGGAUGCGGCGACCUGUUGAAGGACACUCCGUACUACACGUAUUCAGGCACGUGGGAAUACUCACCACCCGAGUGGAUAACCAAGCAGAAGUACUAUGGCUGCCCUGCGACCGUCUGGAGUCUGGGCGUACUGCUGUUUUUCUUGGUUUGUGGACGCCUGCCAUUUCGGUCUAAGAAGGAGAUCACCAAAGGGCGUCUAGUGUUCAAACCUGGUGUUUCUGAUGCCUGCUGCCAUCUGAUCGAACAAUGCCUCAAGAAGAAGCCCAGCAAGCGCCUCACCAUUGGGCAGAUCCUUCUGCACAGGACUAAGAAGGUUCGAGAUCUCUGGGAGGUCUUUCUGGGUGAGUAGGAGAUGAUGAAGGUUUGAAAUCUAUGCCAGGGUUAAGUCUCUAUUCACAGGACCUCACCGGACCUCCAUGAAUUCAUGAUAGUGUAACGGUAGACCUCUAUAAAUUAACAUCUCCAACCUUUCAGGGCUGGAUUGUGUCUAAUUGCAUUUCUUGCUUGUUUUCUCGGCGCAGGUCAAUGAGCAUCUCGAUCCGGAAGACGAGGAGAUUCUUCUUACAGUUACCAGCAGCUUCUUUGUUUAUUAAACAAGUAAAUUGUUCAAUAAAGACGUGAACUGUA